CAGCAAGUUCAAAUUGGCACUCAAAUUGGCAACUUCGAUUCGACACCAUAAGCAGUAGUGAUUGGGACGAUCUGUUGUUUGCGGUGGUCGUGACGAAAGGGGAGGCGCUUGCUUGCCAACCACACCCUCUUCAUUGUCGGUUGACUCAAGUACGCAGAGCACACAGCGCACACAGCGCGCACACUUCAGACACCCGCUCUUCAAACAAGGAAGCAAGCGACCGCCGCUGCCAUCUGCGACCCACCUGCAUCCUGCCUGCCAGCUUUGUGCACUUCCUGCGUGAUACAUCAGUACAUCACAUCACAUCACAUCACACGUCAUCGCGUUGCGAUGCUGUCGUGCUGCUCAUCAAAGAAGGCUGUUGCUGUGGCCGUCCAGCCAAGCCGCACGGCCGACAACACCGCGCCAGAAGAAGCAGCGCCAGCCCAGCAGGAACAAGAAGACCACCAAACACAGCAGCAACAGCAGCAACAGCAACAGGAGAAAGAGGGCAACGCCAAGCAUGCUGUGGAGGUGAAGGUUAGCUCGCCAAAGCUGCGCCACAAACUAUCGCCAAAGCCAUCGCCUGCGCCCACGCGCCAUCACGUAGUCGGGGAACAGUUUGUGGGGCCCCACAUCAAAUGCAGAAACCAACCAUACAUGAACGGCCCGGAGCGCGCACAGGUUCCUGACCACCUCGUCUCUUGGGAGGUGGAGUUUCCUGACUACAACCCGCCGGACCACACGGAUGAUCACGUCAAGGCCAAUCCAGAGUGGGCUGACAAGGAGGAGGACCUACCAUCUAUCAAGUUCAACGAAGGUCCACAUAGGAGCUUCAUCGGUGCAUACCACGUUGACUCGCACACAAACCUGCCGCGCAACCCGAUGGGGCGGACGGGCAUGACUGGCCGCGGUCUCCUCGGCCGCUUCGGUCCAAACUUCGCCGCUGACCCCAUCGUCACAAGGUGGAAGCGCGACGAUGAUGACGUGAUCCAACUCGACGGCCAAGGGCGAAAGAUCCUGGAGAUGGUCUGCAUCAAGCGCAAGGACACCGGCGAAUGGGCAAUUCCAGGGGGCAUGGUUGAUCGUGGCGAGAAGGUGACGUCGGCGUUGCGGCGCGAAUUUGGGGAAGAGGCGCUCGCCUCACACGACAUCACCCCAGAGGAGCGGGAGCAGGUGCUGGACUCGAUCAAGGACAGCUUUGACCACGGCAUCAUGGUGUACGAGGGAUAUGUCGACGACCCGCGCAACACAGACAUUGCCUGGCUCGAGACGACGGCGGUUGUGUUCCACGAUGACGACGGCACGUCCUUUGAGCAGUUUGACCUGAAGGCGGGCGACGAUGCCGGUGACGUGGCGUGGGUGUCGAUUGAGCCGAAGAUGCAGUUGUAUGCCAGCCACUACUCGUAUGUCAAGCUGGCAUACAAGAUCAUUGCGGGGCAGGAAUUGGAAUCGUAGCGCCUGCUGGCUUCUCUCCGCGCUCUGGACUGCCUCCGUCCAUCCUGCUGGCUUCUGACUCCCAAGAUACACACACAUACACACACACACACCAUCGAACAUCACUAUCCUGCCUAGCCUGUGUUCUUUUCUUUGUCUCACUGUUCGUUUACGUCUGAUUCCUCUGCUUUUGCUUUAUGUAUCGCUCGUUUGUCCUUUUCGUUGCUGAUUGGCUCGCUCGCUCGCCUGCUGGUGUCCUUUCUUCUAUCAAAGGCCCCUUGUAUACGUACCUGGGUCACAUCAC